CUACGUGCGCAUGCGCGUAGCUGGAGUCCAGUUCUGUACUUUUUAUUUUGAGCUGCCGUGUUGUCGUGUGCGUGUGAUUAAUUCACGUCUAAUUCACCAUUGCCUUCUUUUAUUUGACAUGUUUUUAAUGUUUUCGUCCAAGUGAGCUGAGCGGCCGCGGUUGUUUUUUCGCCCUGCGCCGGAGGAGUCAGACUAUGUCGACAAAUAAAACAAAGAAAGUCAAAAUGGCUACUAAAUCGUGUCCAGAAUGCGACCAACAGAUUCCCGUGGCCUGCAAGUCGUGCCCGUGCGGUUAUGUGUUUAUUAGCAGGAAGCUCCUCAACGCCAAGUCAAACGACUGCUCGUCACCAAACGCCGCAGAAGACAAGCUGGACUCCAAGCGGCGGAGGACAGAGCGCAUCCGCAAGGAUCGUACGGACUCUCCUUUGACCAACGACGCGGAGAACAGGAGGAGAUCCCGAGCCAACAGUCAGUCGGACCCCAUCAGGCGGGGGCGGGGCCGACCCAAGACUGUGGGCGUGAAGAAGCAGGAGGAGGACAAAGACAAACAAGAGAAGGAAGUGGACGUCUACGCGGGCCUCUCAGACGAGAAGGCCUUCGUCUUCUCCGUGGCCUUAGCCGAGAUCAACCGCAAGAUUCUUGGUCAGACACUCAUCUUGUAGCGUCGCCGAGGAGCACCAAAGACAACCUUUGGAGGGACAAGGACCUUGAAUUUAGGACAGGACGCAUUGGUGUGCUUUUGAAAUAAACUGGCAAUGUUUCACCUUCACCUCAACGAGAAGACCACAGCUUCUCUUCUUUUCUUUCCACCAAACGUGGAACACAAGACGUGGAAGUAUCACACCAUACUCACGCUUGACGCGCUCACACUCAGCAUUCACGCUACGUUACUGCAAUUUCCCUGACUUUGUGGAUGAUUUCCAGUCUUAUUUAGGCCUGAUUGUUUCUGCUGUGAGUUAAUUACUUGCUAAGAGGAGCAAUUGCAUCAAUUAACCGACAUGUCUUUAUUACAUACAAAAGUGUAGUUGUAGGUAAGCGAGAGUGCUGUGGGUUUGACUUUGGGGAUUAUUUGCAGUCUUAUUGUGAGUCCUGAUUGCUUCUUCUGUGCAUUAAUUACUUGCAAAGAGGAGAGAUCACAUGAAUUAAAAGACACAUCUGUGUCAAUCACA